UGAUUACUAACAGGAAACAUUUUACACCAGUCUGGGUAGUUAACCUGCACAAAGUAGAGUGGCAGCUCCUGGGGAGAUAUGAAAGCUGUGGUGGGACUGUUGUUCGUGCUCCUGGAAGUAUCACAUGCAGCUGAAAAGUACUGUGAUGCCAGACAGAAGGGAGCUCAGUGCUACGGUGUUUUGGGAGGAACUGUGGCCUUCAAACUGAUGGACGAAACCUCAGAAAAACACAGAUUCAAUUUGAAGAAGGAAGCAUCGGUGACUAAUGAGUCAACCGAAAUUAUUCUUUCUGUCAUAAGCAAUAUGCUUAUUUCCAAUGCCAUGAGCAGCAGAUCUGUCUUUAUUCUUAACAACGGAACAUUCAAGAUCAAUAACCUGAGCAGAAGUGACAGUGGUAAAUAUAUGCUUGAGAUUUUUGAUUCAAAUGGGAAAAGAAAAGAAAAUAACACUCUACAGCUGAAUGUUCAAGCUCCUGUGUCGUCUGUGCGUCUGAUCUCGAAUUGCGUGGCUCAGGGGUUGUUAAAGGUGUCCUGUCUCUGUGAGGGUGGGGACCGUCCUGAGUACUCCUGGAUACUGAAUGGACAACCAACCAGAGACACAGAGGUCCUGAGAAGAAAUCCUGCGAAUAACAUCAUUAUUCUGAAACAAAACAUGUCCGGAUACUUGACCUGCUCAGUUUGGAAUAACAUCAACCGUGUCUCAGAAGAGGGGAGGAUAUCUCUUUGUGAAGAUAAAACUGAUGAAACUCAAUGUAACAUCCAAGAAGACGAAGCUAAGUGUUAUGGAGCUUUGGGAGGAACGGUGGUCAUUCAACUGAUGAGCAACACUUCACAAACCCCCAGAUAUGAAUGGAAAAAUAAAACAACAACAAUCCUAAGAGGGAGAUGGGACAAGUUUGCUCCAAAUGACACUGAGGGCAGAAAUAUCUUUAUUCCCCUGUAUGGUACAUUCAGUAUCAUGAAUCUCAGCAGAGCCGACAGUGGUAACUACACUUUGGAAACGUUUGAUUCAAAUGGACGAAAAAUAGAAAAGAGGAAUCUUCAGUUGAUUGUUGAAGCCCCUGUGUCCUCCAUCAAGAUUGUGUCUGAGUGUUUGUCUCAGGGACAGAUGAAGGUGUCCUGUCAAUCAGAGACAGGUGAUAGUCUGCAAUACAACUGGACUCUGGAUGGACGCACACUGACAGACUCAGAGCUCUUCUCAGAAAAUAAUGAGACUGAGGUGAUUGUUCUGAGGCAGAAUAUCUCAGGACGUCUGGUCUGCUCAGUCUGGAAUCGGUUCAGUUCUCUCUCAACAGAGAAAACCAUAUCUACAUGUGGGUUCAUUUUCAUUAACUGCACUUACAAUGGGACGCAGAUAUCUGAGUGGGUGUUGGCAGAAGGUAACACCCUUUGUGUCGAAGCGGAGGAAUACAGUGUUGACGACUUCUUGGUGGUAUUGGUUGGUGUACUCUUAGCACUGGUAUUUCUCUUAGCUGUUGGAAUAGGAUUAAUCUGCACCCAUAAGAAAAAACAUACUUUCAAAGUGGAGAAAGACAACAGCGAACCUAUCUAUGCUGAAGUCAGGAUUGUGGCACAACAGGAGAGGCAAACAGAGGAAAGUGUGGAAGAAGAAGUGGAGGUCAAACAAGUGACCCUUUCAGAGCUUCCUCUGCAGUCGGAGGUAGCUGCAGUAGCCCCGAUCUAUGCACAAGUCCGUAAAGUUAGGUGACCUGAGUUACUGGGGUCUCCUUUACAAAGUAUGCAUUAUUGAAAUCAGGUGAAUGGGACAAAGUAAGGAUGCCAGAAUGUCUCAAACUUCAAUUAAUGUGGUUUAUUUUUCAAAAACACAGUUAAGGUUGAUACUUGUUUUACUUUUCUCAGCUUCUGGGGUUCGCCUAAGCUGAAAAUACACUAAGACAUUUUCUAGACCACAAAGUCUGUUCACAAAACCUUUUAAUGUUUUAUGCCAUUCUUGUAAUCAGGCAAACAUCGGGAUCAUUUUUAUGUUCUACAUGUAUUUAAAAAUCCCUGCAAAAAUUGAUUACGGUACAUGGACUGUCUAAUUUAAAUAUUGUAUGUAGUUUGUUGUGCACGUAAA